UUCAGACACGGAGGGGAGUCGCAAAACUCUCAUUUACACGUGGAAGUGGAAGGGGAAAAAAGUCAUGGCGGCAAAGCGCGGCGUGGCUCCGGCGUCCGACGGAGGACAGACGAAGUCCAGGCAGCAAGACGAACGAGGCUACUGGAGCACCAAAACCGAGUUUAUCCUCACUGUGAUGGGUGCCAUCAUCGGACCUGGCAACGUGUGGAGGUUCCCUUACCUGUGCUACAGAAACGGCGGAGGUGUGUUCUUCAUCCCGUACGUUUUGUUCAUGGUCACCUGCGGGAUUCCACUGUUUUUCCUGGAGACCGCGUUAGGACAGUACACCAAUCAGGGUGGGAUUACAUGCUGGAGGAAGAUCUGUCCACUUUUUGAAGGCAUGGGCUAUGCAAGUCACCUCAUCAUUGCAUUCGGCGCCACUUCCUACAUUGUUAUCAUUGCCUGGGCAUUCUUUUACCUCUUCUCCUCCUUCGGUGCCGACUUGCCUUGGGCCACAUGUGGACACGAGUGGAACACAGAGUCAUGCCUGGAUGUCAGCCUUGUGAAUCAGAGCCUCAGAGUGACACACAGACACAACAGCACUCUGCCGGUUGUAGAGUUCUGGCAGCGGAGAGUGCUGAAAAUCUCCGGUGGUAUCGAGGAGGUGGGCAGCCUGAGGUGGGAACUGGCCCUGUGCCUCAUCCUGGCCUGGAUCAUCUGCUACUUCUGCGUUUGGAAGGGAAUCAAGUCCACAGGGAAGGCGGCAUACUUCACAGCAACUUUCCCGUACGCCAUGCUGCUGAUAUUGCUCAUACGUGGAGUCACCCUGCCAGGGGCAAUGAACGGGAUUAUUUAUUACCUCUACCCUGACAUCUCCCGUCUAUCAGAUCCACAGGUGUGGCUGGACGCCGGCACUCAAAUCUUCUUCUCUUACGCCAUUGGCCUCGGCUUCCUGACCUCGCUUGGCAGUUACAAUACUUACAAUAACAACUGCUACAAAGAUUGUUUCUACUUGUGUUUGCUGAACAGCGCCACCAGCAUUGUGGCAGGCUUUGCCAUUUUCUCCGUCUUGGGAUUCAUGACCUACGAACAAGGGGUCGAUAUUUCUGAAGUGGCGGAAUCAGGACCAGGUUUGGCGUUCAUCGUGUACCCUCGGGCUCUGGCCAUGAUGCCCAUGCCGCAGAUGUGGGCCGUGUGUUUCUUCCUCAUGAUCAUUCUACUUGGCUUGGACAGUCAGUUUGUUGGUCUGGAGUGUCUGAUGACGUCGCUGGUUGAUCUUUUCCCAUCCUAUCUACGUCAAGGAUACAGACGUGAGCUGGUCCUACUUGCCAUUUGUGUUGUCUGCUGCUUGCUGGGAUUUGCCAUGGUGACUGAGGGGGGGAUGUACCUCCUACAGCUGGUGGAUUUCCAUGUGUGUAGCGGCACCACCCUGCUCCUCCUCUCCAUAUGCCAGUCCGUCAGCAUUGCCUGGGUCUACGGUGCCGAGCGUUUCUAUGGCAACAUCACAGAUAUGAUUGGUUACCGUCCCUUACCGCUGAUGAAGCUCUGCUGGUGCUACUUCACUCCUUGCUUGUGUUUUGGCACGUUCCUCUUCUCCAUCAUCAGAUACUCGCCCUUGAAGUUCAGCAAUACUUAUGUUUAUCCACUGUGGGCCAACAUCCUGGGCUGGUUCCUUGCCACAGUCUCCCUCUCCCUCAUCCCUCUCUUCGUGGUGUGCAAACUAGUGUACGGAGAAGGCACCCUCCAACAGCGAUUCCUGUUGCUCUGCCUUCCUGAAGACGACUUUCCCCUGGAUAACAAGAGUCUCCCUUCUCUUGGAGUUGAUGCCAUCACUCAUCACAGCGAGUUCAAACCUUUAUCCGCUGCAGACCAGGUCCCCAGUUGUCCAGAGUACAACAAAAAGCAAAUGCUUGACAUGUAAAGGGUACAGUGACGAAUACGUCAAUGCGAGCCUAAUGUGAGAUAAGAAGAGUGCACACCUUCUGUUUGAGUAUUGGGGAUUCAUUGGCAGCCAGGAUGAGUCGGAAAUGUGUCAAAAGGCGUAAAUGAGAGCAGAAAAGGUGUGGAUUGCGCGUUAUCAGAUCUCGUCUUUGACAACACACACCCACACAAAAAACAACAACACAACGUUUGGUGGCAUGUUGAACACAGUCAUGACUUGAAUCUGUGUCGGAACGUGUGCAAUACAAGUGCUGAGUACUUAGGUAUAUUGGCGUGAGAUAGGUUGAUUGGCAACACUAAAUUGGCCCUAGUGUGUGAAUGUGAGUGUGAAUGUUGUCUGUCUAUCUUUGUUGGCCCUGCGAUGAGGUGGCGACUUGUCCAGGGUGUACCCCGCCUUCCGCCCGAAUGCAGCUGAGAUAGGCUCCAGCACCCCCCUGCCACCCCGAAAGGGACAAGCAGUAGAAAAUGGAUGGAUGGAUGGAUGGUAGGGAAACCCCAGUAAAAAGGUUGAUACCCGCAGGAAUGGGGUGGAAUAUAUACAAACAAAAAACAUUGUAUAUGAUUUAGGGCUGCAACUAACGAUUAAUUUGAUAAUCGAUUAAUCUGUCAAUUAUUACUUUGAUUAAUCGAUUAAUAAUCGGAUAGAGACAAACUACAUUUCUAACCUUUCCAGUAUUUUAUUGAAAAAAAACAGCAUACUGGCACCAUACUUAUUUUGAUUAUUGUUUCUCAGCUGUUUGUACAUGUUGCAGUUUAUAAAUAAAGGUUUAUUAAAAAAAAUAAAAUAUAUAUAUAUAAAAAAUAAAAAAACAAAAAAAUGCCUCUGCGCAUAGCAUAGAUCCAACGAAUCGAUGACUAAAUUAAUCGCCAACUAUUUUUAUAAUCGAUUUUAACCGAUUUAAAGGCCUACUGAAAUGAAUUUUUUUUAUUUAAACGGGGAUAGCAGAUCUAUUCUGUGUCAUACUUGAUCAUUUCGCGAUAUUGCCAUAUUUUUGCUUAAAGGAUUUAGUAUAGAACAACGACGAUAAAGAUCGCAACUUUUGGUAUCUGAUAAAAAAAGGCCUGCCCCUACCGGAAGUAGCGUGACAUAGUCAGUUGAACAUAUACGCAAAGUUCCCUAUUGUUUACAAUGAUGGCCGCAUGAAGUGAGAGAGAUUCGGACCGAGAAAGCGACGAUUUCCCCAUUAAUUUGAGCGAGGAUGAAAUAUUUUUAAAUGAAGAAAGUGCAAGUGAAGGACUAGUGGGGAGUGGAAGAUGCUGUGAGAGCCGGGGGUGACCUGAUAUUCAGCUGGAAAUGACUACAACAGUAAAUAAACACAAGACAUAUAUAUACUCUAUUAGCCACAACACAACCAGGCUUAUAUUUAAUAUGCCACAAAUUAAUCCCGCAUAAAAACACCUAGGUCAGGGGUCGGCAACCUUUACCACUCAAAGAGCCAUUUUGGCAAGUUUCACAAAUUAAAGAAAGUAAUGGGAGCCACAAAACAUUUUUUAAAAGAAAAACACCGCAUACAAAGCUUAAAUGCUUUGUGCUAUGUUAACCAGGGGUCUCCGACACACGCACCGGCACGCACUUUAAUGUGGAAUUUUGAUGUUAGUGCAGCCCGCGAGUUUUGAAUGAAUGGCACUUGAUAGUGUCAUACUUGCCAACCCUCUCAAUUUUCCCGGGAGACUCCCGAAUAUUAGAGCGUAAUGACACUGCAUUUGGCGCCCUCUACAGUCUGCCCUAACAGUGUGCCUGCUCGGCCACACGUAGAAUGCAAUUUCAGCCUGCUCACGUAAGUGACAGCAAGGCGUACUAACUCAGCAGCCACACAUCU